GCAUCUUCUCGGAUCACAGCUGACCAUCCAGGUUCCCUCUGCGACAUUAUCAGAGCUUGUCUUCCGCCGCGGCGAGACCCGGGCUGGUGACACCUCAGAAGGGCGAAAGGAGCAGCCGUUACGAGCAAAUUUUGGUGAUGGGGUCCCAAGCGCGGAGAAGACGGCCAACGCGACCAUCGCCCAACACUUGCCCGUUUCUCACGAGAGCCCUGGGCGUCGCUUGUCUUGCCGGGGCUACAUCCCUCUCCGCCGGCUUCGUGACGCCAGCGGGCUGCCGUGGAGGGUUCUACGGGAUCAACAGUGCCGCCGCCGCCGCAGCCGCCUCUGCGACGACGGUCCGUCAACGCGGCAGUGUCGGCGGUAGCAAGAACCCUGUCGGCGGCCGCGAUGGCCCGAUUAGAUUACGGAGAAACCACCUGGCCAUGGUAUCGGCCACCGCGGAGCCCCCGGCGGCCACCGCCACCGACGCCGACGCAUGGGCGGGCGCGACGCGCGGACGACGAGCACGGGGAGGAGCGCGACGGACACCGGCCCUCACGACAGAGGAGGAGCGAGCGCUGCUUGCCAAGAUCAAGAACGCACGGACGCUGAGAGAUAUUCAGCGAGGCUUGGAAGCAGCGGCGGCGACGGCGGCGGGAAGGGGAGAAAAGGGGGCUUUGGGGGACGGACGAUCUGCAGACGGCGGUGCAGGGACGGCGGUGACGAUGGGGGCGUGGGCGCGGGAGGCCGGGGUGGAGGUGGAGGACCUGCCGCGCGUCCUGCAGGAAGGGAUCGAGGCGAAGCAGACGCUGGUGGAGCGCAACAUGCCGAUGGUCAUCCGAAUGGUCGAGGGGCAGUACCGGUGGCGCCUCCGCGGCGGCCAGGUCUCCUUCGCCGACCUCCUCCAGGAGGGCGCGUACGCGCUCGGCGUGGCGGCGGAGCGGUUCGACCCGACCAUGCCCAACCGCUUCCUCACAUACGCGCUGUACACGGUGCGGGACAAGCUGGACGUUGCGCUGGCCCGCGGCAACUCCGCGAUCAGCGUGCCGGCGACGGCCCUCAAGGAGGUGCACCGCGCCCGGCGGGAGCUCACCGGCCGGUUGGGGCGGACCCCUUCCGAGGCGGAGCUCGCCAACUUCUUCGCGAACGGGGUGGUGGUGGUGGGCGAUGCCGAGCCGGCGGCGUCGGCCGGGGAUGGUGGAAUCCGUCGCGGUGGCGCUGAUGGGGACCGCGGCCGGUCAACGGCUGCCGGGAGGCGCGCCAGGGCCGUGACUGACGGGGAGUUCGCGGUCAAGGCCGCCUCCAGCGACAGAGAGGCGCGACAGCAGGCCAGGACGCGCAGGAGGCGGCUUAACCUGCUGUCGGCGGUGCAGAAGGUUACCAGCAUCGACCGGCUCAUCCGGGCCAGCGACGGGAGCACCAUGGUGCCCCUGGUGGACACCCUCGUGGGGGACCUCGAGGACGGCCAGCCGCGCUCGGCGGGCGGCGAUAUCGCGGAACUCCUCCCGAGGGUGCUCACGCCCCGCCAGGCGAGCCUCGUGCGGAUGGCGUGCGGGCUGUCGGACGGGAAGCCGAUGACGAUGGCGGAGUGCUCGAAGGAGCUCUCCCUGAGCGUCGCGAGAACGAAGAGCCUGUUCGACAGCAGCCUUCAGAAGCUGAGAGCAGCGGCGGAGGCGGAUGACCUUGGCAGGCUGGUGCGACAACCGUGACCUGGCUCCACCGCGUUCGUGAUGUGUACGGGGCGAAAACGAGUCAACGCGUUAGCCCCCCAUUGCAUCACAGCAGUCGUAGGGAGGGAUCACGAGUGUGAAAAAAGAGCCUUCCGUCCCCAAUAUGUAAGGACAGAAGUAAAUGCGAAAAAAUUGAGUUGGCGGUUUGCCGGUGCUUGGCCUCCGGUUGUUAGAGUGUGAAGCCGGCUGGCUGCGGGUGGCCUGUAUCAAGGUGGCAGGCACCGCCGUGUGUGUCGUUCGUUGUUGUUUUAUUUCAUUGAGAAGACGGGGGCCAACGUUGGGAAUAUAUUUGUCCUGGUGGCGCUGGAGGCCGGCCGGGUGCAUCUGCUCUUUUGUACAAAGUGGUGCAGGUGGAUUCGAUUUUGUGAAUGGGCUUAUUUUGGCUAGUUGAGACCGUGGGAAGUGGUUAUUAUCCAUGGAAGACCGCGUUUUUUGUGCUCUCCAAUCUUGUGUUGCGAAACUCGGGUUGUGGUGCGAAUGUGUAGCUGCCAAGAGCGCCCUGCCGGGUACUUGCAACAAUAUUUUUGAAAUUUUGUCACGUACAGCCAGCUAGCUGUGUUGAGGCGAUCAGUCGUCAAGUGUGGAAUUUUUUUUUUCUUCCGAUUUGCGUGUUCUGCUUGGCUAUUGUAGCCUGGGGGGGGUCGUGCCAUUCUGGUCGGUCGUUUUGUCUACGGCAGGGUGAGAUGGAAGUUUUGGUGUGUGCGUGUGUGUGGCCAGCA